AUGGAUCCCAUGGAGAGCAUGUCCGGGGCCCCCGUGCCCAAGGACUUCAACGCCGAGGAGGCCAUCAACAUGGAAGAGAUGGAGCAGCAAUUUGCCGUCAAAGUCGUUCAGCACAUGCAGACGUACUGGUCGAUCCUUGAAAAGGUCAAGGGCUCUACCCUGCGCCUGACCAAGAUGGAUGAUGACAUCUACGAGCACCUCACCACAGACUUCCCCGAGUUCGAUCCGGCAGCCACCAUCGACGAAGACGAGAUGAAGAGCAAGAGCGGAAAGGAACGGUGGCGCAAGUUCAUGAUGGCCUACGAAAAGAAGAUUGACGACUACAACUUUGGCACCAUGGUGCGCAACAGCCCCAAGGUCGAGUACGAGGAGGACACGACCAUUUUUGUUCCUCGCAUGCAAUUUUACGCCAUUGAGAUUGCCAGGAACAAGAAGGGCUUGAAUGACUGGAUAUACGAACAGGCGCAGGCGGAAAAGACCAAGACAAAGUAA